CUUGGAUACCGAGAGAUUUUUGGAUUCUGUUCCACUUGACCCGCUGGGGUUUUUGAUGACCUGGGCGCCAUCGAUCCUCUUGCCGCGGCUUUGCCAGCGCCGUUGGGAUACUUCGCCCUACCGCAGUGUGCACCGUCUGACCUGGACGCGAUUACAUCGUGCGCGGUGGCCAUCUCAUGGCUCGAUGGUGUGGCAACCUAUUUGGGGCUUCCAGAAGCCGCUGCCACCGGAAGCUCUUGCGGGGCAUCGCAAGUUGACUCGAGCGCCAAUUGCAGCUACUUUGCAUCGAUCGAGCUGUUUUGAAGGGCCUCAGCGCCUACAGCAACGACUGAUGUCUGUGUUGAGCCUUGAUGCUCAAGAUGCCCUAGCUCUCAUACAGAGGUCCAGAGUGAUGGUUGACGGAAGGAUACAGACAAGAAACUGCUGGGUCGACAGUCACGAGAUCACUGUGAAUGGUCAUUCGCUGGCCCUGUUGGGGAGUUUGGCUUUUUUGGUUCAUAAACCUCAAGGCUAUGCCCUCACAGAGGGCGAUCCCUUGAAGCGACCGACCUAUCAGCAGCUACUGCCGGAUACCACGAUGGUAGCGCGACCACUAGGGCCGGUGGACCUUGCAUCCUCUGGUUUGCUGCUCCUGACCAACAUUCCCGAAUUGCGCCUCGCGCUGGGAGGUCCCGAGCCCAUGCCACUGCCAGCUACCUUCAUGGUGAGGCUCAAAGACCGGCCAACCGGUGUGCAGAUUGCAUUGCUGGAAUCCAAAGCUCCGUAUGAUGAAGCUACGCCUUUGCUUAUUCAGGACAUUACAGAUGCAGAGGAAGAAGCUGAUGAGCUUGAGCAACCCGAAUUGGUGCCUCCUCCAGAUGAUCUUGGAGCUUUGAUGCACUCCAGCAUAGCCCGAUGGCCCUCAACCCCUCGGAGGAAGCAGCACGCGCGGCCAAAGAAGCUGCUACCGAUGCUUUUGAUGGUAGUUUCCGGUGGGACAGCCAAGGGCAUCAGGCAUGCCCUUUCCCUUGUUGAGGCUCAACCACAAGAAAUUUGCUGCAUUCGCUGGGGGCCUUUAAGCUUGGAAGAAAUGAGUGAGCCGGGCUCCAUGCGGCCUUUAUCGCAGGCCGAAGUGCAGACGUUGACUGAUGCUUGUGGGAUCAAAAUGCCUUUGCCCUCUGCAGAGAUUGGAGCUGUGACAAGUGACACACAUCCAAGCUUACAUUGGUUCUGAGCAAGUACUGAGUCAGAAUGCCUCAGAUAAAGAUACGGCGGUGCCGCCAAGAGCGAUCACGCAAGAUUCGCAGAAGCAGAAGCAAGAUGCAGCAAGUGUUGGAAGGAAGCCGUUUUUGGCGCAAUUGAAUAAAGUGACUGGCCAUGGGAUCAUCGUGUCAACAUACGUCCAAACACACAAAGACACGUGAGCUAGGUUCAAAAUGAAUGGACGCGGAUAUGAAUAGUUACUCUAUAGUCAGAAAACUUGGCUCAGGUUUUUGCAAUGAGCCAUUUAUUGUGUAGGGAAAAAUGCCUCUGGAACGAAAAAACCCAGAUGCAGAUGGCGCAAGCCAUGUUGGGCAAAAACCGUGACAAUGAAUGGGAAAGUACUACUCGGGGAUGGGUUUGGCGCCAUCUACUUUUACAAUCCGUUUCGUGAAAGACCGCUAUAAAAUUUUUGACCCUGAAAGCAGCAAGCACGACAUUAGAUGGCGCAAGCCACCUUUCCAACGAUGUGUUUUGAGUGGUUUGAGUGAAAGGAUUUUAUUUUUGGUGAGAGCGGCGUUGCAAAGAAAAUUGGCAAGAGGAAAGCCAUAAAGCCCUAGCACCAUAGAUGGCGCAAGUGGCAACACUGUACUUUUGGAGAUUGACUUGCUGUAAGGAAAGGAAAGGGAAGAAAAGGACAAGGUAUUAGUUUGCUGACUUUUGCAAUUAGACAAAAGGAGUUGCGCCAUCUAUUUGUUCAACCAUCCUAAUCAUCUUUCACACAAGGGUUGUGCCAUCUACUGGGCUAUUAUCGUGCAGCGUUCUGUUAUUGGUUCAAGUGCAAGCGAAAGGAAACGGAAAGGUGAAGGGAAAGGCAAGGGAAGGAUAGAGAAAGGAGAAGUGAAUGAAGGAAAGGAAAGAAAAGAAAGGCAUCCAAGGAGAGGGAAUGGAUAGGAAAGCAAAGGUCAGGAAAGGAAAGCAAACAAAAGACAAAUAAAAAGAAAUACUGUAGAUGGAAAGACUAGUCCAGAAAAGG